AUGGCUCGAACAGCAGCAGAUAAAAUUAGUAAAAUUUUGGCUUUUGUUGCAGCAGCUUUUGGAUUUGUGGCAUUAAUUUUGGCUUGUGUUGGUAUGGGUACAGUUCAAUGGUAUCAAUAUGCUGCUCCAAAUAGCAAUUAUAUAAGCGCCUCCGCUAAUCUCUUCACGUUCUGUACUUACAAUCCAACUACUGGCGACAAAAUUAGCUGUUCAUCACGCAGUGGAAAUAGCAAUCCGUUUUGCACUAAUGUACCAUCUACUGCUAUAGCUAGCCAAGAUGACUGUAAUAAUCGUAUGCGAAACGCAUCUGGCUUAGGUAUUGUUGGUAUUAUCUUUAUUGCUUUUGGUGUUGUUGCUACAAUUCUCAUGGCACUUGGCAUUUUCAGCGAAUGGUUUCUCAAUUUUAUUCCUGGUGUUUUAUUCUUUUUAGCAUCUCUAUUUAUGUUAGCAGGAAUAGCCGAAGGUUCUCGUUACUUAACUUAUAAUGCUUAUUCAGCUAAUUUAUAUGAAGCAGGCCAUUUGUUCACAAUACUUGCUCUCCUCUUGAGUUCGUUAGCUGGAGGUCGUAUUGCUUAUGCAUGCAAAUCUUCAACUUAA